UUACGAUCCACGCUUCAUAUUCGUCGAUAAGGCCCAGGCUCAAUCAAACCUUAAUCAUGUAAAUGUGGUCUUCAGAUCUAGUAUUAUCUUCAGAAGACAGCAAAUCGUCCACAAAUCCUCAAUCUGCCCUGCCUUGUCCGAGUAACCAUAUUGGGAGCAUGGAUCCUUCGCAGGAAUUGGUCAACAUUGGGGAGAGAAAUUUUCAUGAAUCUUUACUGAUACAGAAAAACAAGCCUUUCAAGGUGGGGCCUUCAUCAGUACUGGACAGAGUGAAAUCAUUUUUACCACAAAUGGAAGUGGCCAACAAGCAGCUUGAAGAGAAGAUUGCAGAUGGUAAAACAGUGGAUCUAGACAUUGAAAAUGUUGAUAACUGUGAAGGACCUAUUAUCGAAAUGAAUCUUGCCUUGUGUGCACAUGAUGAAAAUUCUGAUGAGGAAGAAAGUGAAGAAGAUGAAAGUGAUAGUGAUGCAGACAUCCAAGUUGAAUUAGAACAUACCAAAUUGAAAUAUGAAGACAAAUCCCUCUUAAAACUAAAAAUACCAGGAAGAGGAAAGAAGCCUAAAGAUGGAAGGACAUUGAUUGAAAUGAUGCCAGGAGAGUCAACCGAUACCAAAGAUUGUUUUGAAAAAGACAAGACAUAGCAUGAUGGAAAUUAAAGAUGUAAUUGAAACUUUGAAGAGUGGAGAGGCAGCUCAGUUGAAGCACUGUGCAGCCUGUAAAUUCAAGGAACAAAUGUACGAAAUCCACUAAAUGCCAACCUGUCUGAUAUAAAAAUCUUCUGAACAUAGUGUUCUGGCUUUUCAGGUUGAAGCCUUUUCAAAUUUAUCAAGAUCAUGAGUGUUACAGGAGUAAAAUGUCCAUACAUGGUGUUUCAUAGCACUGAAAGAGUAAGGUGUAUGAUUGGAAGAUUUAUCAAUUAUUGUAUCCUGAUGAAAGCUUCUUCAGCUCUCAAUGGCAUCUGUCUUCCAGAACAUACUGGUUUAUACUGGAAGUGAUUUAAUUUCUAGUCAAUUGCAAAAGUAAAUAGAAUGUAUCUCUUAAUCAUUGGCCAAGAUCUAUGGUCUUUUCAAAAAGAAAGAUUUUUGUAAGUUAUUGUUUUAGUUUUACAUUUGUAGCUUCAAUUUUGUAGAGGGAAUUUCUGGUAGAAAUUAAGACCAAGGAACUCUUAAGAACAACAUCUCAGGCGAUGGUUGAAUUCAGUAGGUGAAAUCCCUCAGGUACAUGAAUCUUCAAGUUUGAAUUAUUGUAAUUUGUGAGUGUAGAUAUGGAUAAGUCAAAUAUAUUGGUUCCUUGAAUCAGUAUUGGAAUUGCAAGUUCCAGAUGAUACUGCCAAACCAAAUUUUCUUUGGACCACAUAAAUCUGUUUAAAUUACAUGUGUAUAAAUGCAUUCUUUGCAUACUGUGGUCUGAAAGUUGCUUCAAUUAGCUGAUUAUCAGACUUAAUAUUGGUCAACUUACUUUAACUGUAAUUCAUAUAGGUACAAAUAAUUUUCCACCAAUUAACAAACAAGUAUACAGCAAAUAACUUAAUACCAACAAAAUCACCUCUCUCCUAUUCACUUUCAUUAUUUUUGUCACCAAAAUAAUAAUUUAUAAGGUC